GUUUUGUUUUUACAAGUAGAGAAUAAUUUCCAAAAGCGAGAUUUGGAAAACCCUAAUCAAAGCAAAGCAAUGUCAGAUCCUUACGAGAGAGUGAACGGUGGAAGGUUGGCGUUCAAAGGAGGAGAUUUAGCCACAAGGAAAUCGAUCGACAAGAAGAAUAAGAAGAAGCAGAAGAAGAAGAAAGAAAAGCUCGAGGGAGAAGUGAAGAUGGCUCCCGACGGUUCAGCCACUUCCGCCGCUGCCGUUGUAGAUGAUGAUAUUUACUCAAUUGAUGCGGCGAAGAAGAAGAAGUACGAUGACUUAUUUCCUGUGGAGGCCAAGAAGUUUGGUUACAUUCCGAAAUCAAAUUUCGAAUCCAUGGAAGAUGCUCUUGACGAUCGUGUCAAGAAGAAAGCUGAUCGUUACUGUAAAUAAACUCUCUUUUGUUUGUUUGAUAGUUUGGUACACAAAAUUUGCAGAUUUGAGGAUCUAAUGAAUUUAUCUUUUGACUGUACUAAAUCUGGUGUAGUUGUUUGUUGAUUUUAGAGUGAAUGCUUAUGCAACAAAGUGCUUAUUCUCUG